AUGGACCUUGAAGAAGAAUACGUGUUGGCGGAUAUAGAGAUUGAUUUGAUAGAAGCAAUAAAUUCUGGAAAUUUUGGAAAAGUCCAAAAACUGAUGUCGGACUUAACAGACCACGGUUUCAAUUUGUCAAAUUUGAGUGAUAAAAUAGGAUCAUAUGAAUUACUUCGGCAUGCAGUACAAAUGAAAAGGACUAAAAUCGCAAAGAUCUUUUUGCGUACAGGAGCUCUAGUGAAUAACCCAGACAGAAGAUUUCCAAAUACUAUUUUACAUUUGGCAGUAAUAAAUCAAGAUUUCGAGCUCGUCAAGAUGUUGAUUGAAGAAGGAGUUAAUGUUGACACCAAAAAUAAUGAAGGAAAAACGGCACUUCAUUUGGCAGCCGAGUUGGGCAAUGAGAGUCUAGUCAGAUUACUUUUAAAUAAUGACGCUGAGGUAAAUACUGUCGCCAACGAUCAGUCGAUGCCUAUCCAUUUUUUCCUUAAUACUGUCGAAAGACAAAACUUAUUUAAACUACUUUUUAAUUCCGGCGCCAACGUUAAAGCGGCGCUAUGUAAUGCCGUCAUUAAUGGAUGUCUGGCUACAGUAGAUUACCUUUUAAAGAAUUACACUAUCGAUGUAAAUAGUGAUUUGUUCUGUCUGCCCAUUGCAAUUUUUAAAAUACAACCGGGACAAAUGCACUACGAGGUAAUCAGUGAUAUGUUAUAUGAUUAUGGGUUUGCUGCAGAUCCACAAGACAACAAACCCCCAAUGGUUUAUAGUAUUUCUAAAAAUAAUUUAGAAAUUUUCAAUCUUCUUUUGGACUCUGGAGCUCGUAUAGAAAAAAAUGACGCCACUUUGCUUAAUGAGGCAGCGUACGUGGCUAAUUUAUCGAUGGUUAAAAUUUUACUCGAGCAUGGGGUUGAUGUAAAUGGAAAAAAUGAGUUGCAGAUAACGGGCUUACAUUCAGUUGUUUAUAAAGCUAAUGACAAUCUAUUGAGACAUCUGGGUGACAAUCAGGCGAGGGAAUCGAUUGUUAACUUAUUUUUAAAUCUAGGCGCCGACGUUAAUGCCCGGGUAACUGAUAACAGAUCUGUACUUCAUUUAGCUGUUGAAAAUAAUUACGAGUCAAUCGUCGAAAUUUUUUUAAAACACAACGCUAAUGUUAAUUUGAUAGAUAAUAAAGGACGUACACCAUUAUUUAUUGCCGUAAAAAAUAAUAAUGAAAAUAUUACACGAAGUCUUUUGAAAUACAAUGCGAAUGUUAACUUAGCUACUUUAAAUAACGUAACUCCAUUACAUAUUGCUAUCGUUAAUAAAUAUGAAAAACUAGUUGAAAUUUUGUUGGAAAAUAAUGCUGACACUAGUUCGCGAUAUUUGAAUGAAGAUAAUACGCCAUUACAUAUGUCAGUCAAAUAUAAUUUUGAUAAUAUUACAAAAAUGUUAUUAAAACACAAUGCAGAUGUUAAUUCAAAAAAUUCAAACGGAAGUACUCCAUUACAUAUUGCUGUUAAAAAUAAUAAUUUGAAUAUCGUGACAACUCUGUUAGAAAAUAAUGCUGACGUUAAUGCUAUUGAUAAAUGUCAAAAAACGCCUUUAUAUUUUGCUAAAAAAGAAGAUCACGUCGAAAUCACAAAUAGUAUUCUCAAGUACAAGCCAAAAAUAUCUUCAAUUUAUGAAUUCAAAACUACGAAACUACAUGAAGCUGCUAGAACUGGUAAUUGGCUAGAUGUUCUUGAUUAUUUAGAUGAUUAUCCAUAUGAUGUUAAUACUAUUAAUUACAAUGGGUCGUUACCACUACAUAUUGCCGUUGAAAAUUCAUUUUUUGGAGUUGUUGAAUACUUGUUGGAAUACCGUGCUGACGCGAACUUCACGAACGAGCAAGGUCAAACAUCUGUACACAUUGCUGCUGAACAUGGAUCCACAGAAAAUGUUGUGGAAAUUCUUUUCCAGCAUAUGGGAAAUGCUAAUUGUAUUAAUAAAGAUGGAUCUACACCACUGAUGAUUGCUGUUGAACGAAAUCAUUUGAAGCUGAUAGAUUUAGUGAUGCGAUGGGGCGCUAGUAUUAAUUUUAAAAACUAUGCAGGUGAUACAGCUCUUCAUCUUGCUACAAAAACUGAAAGAAAUGAAAUUAUAUUUAAAUUAAUAAGAUAUGGCGCGGAUAUAAAUAUCGAAAAUAAUAACAAAACCGCGUUAUUUAAUGCUGUCGAGUCUUUCAAAAAGAAACGUCAUAUUCUAAGUAAUGUAUCGGUUCUUUAUAACGUUUUUAAUAUUUUUAUUGACCAUAUAAAAAAGUUACAAGCGGCUAAUCUUUAUGUUAAUCCAAAAAAUCUACGGAUUAUAAAAUUCUUUACGGAAAUGCAAAACGAUUCAAUUUCUAAUAAUGGAAUUUAUCUGAAAUAUGAAGAUUCAGAAAUAGAUAAUAUUAUUAAUUCGGUAAAUAAUUCUGAUGCAGAUUAUGUUAUUGGUGAUAAUAAACAGAAUCUUAAAGAAGUACAACUUAUGAAAAAUACUAAAAUUGGUGACAGUACUUUUGAAGCUUUACCAGAUGUUUGUAUUGAUCUCAUUAAAAGUUAUCUUAGCAAUGAAGAUUUAAUUAGGAUAUGCCAUAGUAGUUCGAGACAUUACUAA